AUGAAAUUUGAGGAUCUCUUGCUGGAAAUUGGUGGCUUUGGCAGAUUCCAGAUUUUGAUUUUGUUUAUCCUCUGCCUCCCAAGAAUCAACCUUCCCAUGCAUUUCCUGCUGCACAAUUUUCUUGCUGCUACCCCCGCUCAUCACUGUGCAAUUCCACACCAAGAGGCAUUUGCGAACCUCACCAUGGAGGAAGUUCUGCUCAUCAGCAUCCCCCGGGAGCCCGACGGCACUUUCAGGUCCUGUGAGAUGUUCUCGCAGCCUCAGUUUCACCUGCUGCUCAACUCCUCUCUGCAACCAGAAAACAACUCCAUCAUCCAGCACUGCCAGCACGGAUGGGUCUAUGACCACUCGCAGUUCACCUCCACCAUCUCCACCCAGUGGGACCUCGUGUGCGAGCAGCGCGGACUGAACCAGGCGACUGCAACCUUCUUCUUCAUUGGUGUUACGAUGGGGGCCGUGGUAUUCGGAUACCUUUCAGACAGGUUCGGACGGAAAGCCAUGCUCCUGCUGUCGCUGGUGUGCUCUCUCGUAUUUGGGAUGCUGAGCGCCGCCUCCGUUUCCUACAGCAUGCUGGUCAUCACGCGGACACUCACCGGGGUGGCCCUGAGCGGCGUCUCCCUUAUCGUAUUGCCUUUGGGUAAGUAUUAUGCUGUGGACAUACAGCACCGCACCUUCUCCGGGAUCCUGACUAGCAUCUUCUGGAGCAUCGGGAACAUGCUGCUGGCCAUGGUAGCGUACUUGGUGCGGGAAUGGCACUGGCUAUUAGUGGCCGUAACAGGACCUUGUCUUCUGAGCGUUGUCUGCCUGUGGUGGGUCCCAGAGUCUGCCCGGUGGCUCAUAGCCAAUGGCAAGGUGAAACAAGCUCACAGGCAUCUGCUCAGGUGUGCAAGAAUGAACGGAAGGAAAGACUUUGCUGUCUCAUCAGAGGCCCUCAGAAGGAUGGCAACAGACAGAAAGCCAGAAGGGAGUUACUCCUACAUCAGCUUGUUCAGGACACCAGUCCUGCGGAAGAUCUCUCUGUGUUCUGGGGCUGUGUGGUUUGGUGUUGCCUUCUCUUAUUACGGCAUGAGCAUGAACCUAACGGGCUUUGGGCUCAACAUGUAUCUCUCCCAGUUUGUCUUUGGCGUCAUUGAGAUUCCAGCCAAGAUGAUCAUGUACGUGCUGGUGAAUCGAGUUGGACGACGGCAGAGUCAGGCGUGGGCACUCAUCCUGACCGGACUAUGCAUAGGAGCCAACGUCAUCAUUCCCAAGCCCCUCACCUCCUUGCGCUCUGUAGUAGCCAUUAUGGGCAAAGGUUUCUCCGAAGCUGCAUUCACUACCGUCUUCUUGUACACCUCCGAGCUCUACCCCACCGUGCUGAGGCAGAACGGGAUGGGGUACACCUCCUUCGUGGCACGCCUCGGCGGGGCUCUGGCCCCACUUGUGUUUCUGCUGGAUGGGGUGUGGAGGUCUCUGCCCGAGGUGACGUACUGCGGUGUCGCAGUGUGCUGCGGCUCGGUGGCCUUCCUGCUCCCAGAGACGCUCAACCUGCGCCUGCCUGAGGGCGUCGAGGACAUCGAGAAGGCACAAGUGAAAGGGCCGCCACAAAUCAGUGCUCCCGAGGGCAUGCCGCUCCAGUCUCUGCCGAAGUGA